GUACCUGUCAACACAAUGCACUUCUUCUGUCAAGGUAAUGAGUUUCCUGAAUGUUUCUCCUCUCACAAAGCAGCUGUUUAACCUCGGUGGAAAUGCUUAUAAAAAUGACGGAACACUAAUUAUCUCCGGAGAAAGUCUCGGCGCUUUUAUGGACGAAGUUUGUCCCUCUUAUUAUCUGCACCAGCCGGACUCCCGGAAUGACAUUUGUUGCCACUAGCAGGAUGGAGUGUCUGUUCCAGAGAUGCCAUAAAGAGGCUGUCUUCCUCUCUGUCUUUCGCUCCGUGCUGCUCAUGACAUGCUUGCUCCUGGUCCUGUUUGUGUCCAUGUAUCCCGGGUUAUGGUCCAUUGGUGUCCAGCUUCAUUCAGCCAUUACAGGAAGCUAUGUACCAGGCCACCACUCUGUCCUUCUCGUCAACAGCCCCAACGAACAGGCAGCCAAAGACAUUGGCAGGGCGAUCAUGGAGAGGCGGCUGGCAGCCAGUGUUAACAUUCUCUCCAGAACCUCCACAAUGUACUUUUGGAAAGGCGAAAUCCAGGAUGCAAGCGAAGUUCUUAUGGUCUGUCCACCCCUAUGCAAACCCAGAAGUCCUCAGCUUUGCGGUGGAGGACGGCAGUCUGGCUUACAUGAAGUGGAUGGAUGAAGCCAUUCCAGACAACUGAUACAUCAUUAAAAUCAGAGCCAAUCUUUGCAUGGACUGCAGCCGAACAAGGAAAAUGAGCCAUGCGUACAGGCUGUUCUUUGAAGGCUUUGGAUCGAAGGGAUCUGAAAGCACUCUGUUGAACAAAAGUUCAAUACGUGACAUUUACACUUUUUUGUUGCUCUGACCUUCUUAUUGUAAAUUCCACUGUGUACUAUGGGGAUUUGAUUUCAAUCCUUUAAAGAGACUUUGUACCACAGUUAUAGAAAAUACUUGCUUCUGAUCGACUGGCAGGUAUGGGUUACCAUACCAGGACAGGACAUGUCAAACAAACGAAGUACCAGUCAACCAGUGACUUUUAAGUAAAUAUGCAUAAUACAUUUAGCCAUAGGUAACAAUGAUUAUCUCAGUAAGCUCUCACUGACUAAACUGACCUACACUAACAUGGCUUAAACUGCACAAAAACAAAUAUUUAAAAAAAGAAGAAAAUUUAGACAUCCUGUGGAAGGUAACCAUAGUAUGACUGAUAAUACAGUCCAAGGUAUACAGAUUUAGAAAAUAAUGGACUCAUUAGUGGAAUCACAUCUCUGUAUCAUUUGAGAAAGUUAUACUUACUUUCCUCUUACCUGUGUUGCUAUUUAUCAAUCUAAAUUGUUUUGGUCCGAGUUGCCAAGUGUUGGAGAUAUUGGCCGUAGACAUGCCUGCCUUCUUUUGAAUGUGAUGGAACUAGAUGGCACUCAGCUUGUGGUGUUCAAAGCACAAAAAAACAUACAUUUGAAAAACUCAAUAGCAAUGUCUCUUUCCAGAAAGUAUGACCUGGUAAGUCAUGAUUAUUCACAGAUGUUGUUGUGAGCAGGUUCACAUACAAACUAUUGUCUUUUUACUGGUUUACCACAUCCACAAACUAUAUCACUGUGCAGAGGGAAGCGUGUGCCUACAGCUAGCUCACCUAGCACCUCUAAGCUAACUAACACCACAGCUCAGCUGAGUAGGACACCAUUUAUGUUUAUAACUCAUGCUGUGACAACCACACGCCUCCCAUCUAUGAGUAGAUGAUACAGUUUACAGCAGAUGAUACAGUUGCAAGGUGUACGAUAGAAAAUAGGCCCACAUGAAACUGCGCACGACAAUGUCUGUGGAUUAUCUCAAGAAAUCAGGUCAUGAUUUCUGAAAAGAGACAUUGCUGUUAAGUUUUUAAAUGUAUUUUUUAUGCUUUGAGCACCACAAGCAGAGUGCCAUCUAGUUCUCUUAUAUUGGAGAGAUGGUAGGCAUCUCUAUGGCUGAUAUCUCCAACACUCUGCAACUCACACCAAAACAACCUCAACUGAUAAAUAGCACUACAGGUAAGAGGAAAAAUAUGCAAUUUUUAAUUUGGGGUGGACUGUCCCUUUAAAGUUUGUCUGUAAGGCCUGUAAUAAUAGUGUGUGCAGGAACAUAUUGAUGGUCUGACUAUACAAUACUAAUAACUAUAUAAAUUUGGUAAUUGCUAUAUAAUAGAGAUGUACUGCCUGUUAUUAAACAUAUCAUUUCCAAUACUGUAACAUUACCUUUAACUAUUUAUUGUUGUGAAUUGAAAGUCAAAAGAUUUUUUAAGCUGUUCUCAAAAACACGAAGGCCUUUUAAACAGAGAAACCUGGUCAGCAGCACUUAGACGGACAGGAAGUCAGAGCAAUUUACAUGUUCAAUAGGUUAUUGAUCUGUCAGGCUAUAAAAGAUUUACUUUAUCGGAAGGCAACCCACAACUGUUUACCUUGUGUACUGUUUUUACAAGUAAAAAGCUGAAUUUCAUACUGCUCUGCUCCAGGGUUAGCUCAGCGUGGAUUAAUGAAACAUCCACUACCACCUUGCAUAACCUCAAACAACGCUACACAGCACUACUGAGGAUAAAUUAACAAACAGGUAUGACCGACAGCACUCGCUGUUAUUGUACAUCUCGACCCUGUCUCACUUGUAUCAGACUAAUUAUGAAAUAUUUUCUGUGUUUUGUUUGUAUCUCGAAGAACUGAUGCUGAUCAGAGCAGGUCUCCCAUGAACAACACAUCCUUGAUCUCCAUGAGAGUAGUCUUGCCAAAUAAAUAAAACUUUAAUUGAAUCACAAAAACAAAUUUGUUAAUCAGCUCGCGGCUACACUUGAACAUCUUGAGAGCAUCACAGGUCUUGUUAUCUGUAUUCUUGCUUUCACAAAUAUGCAUUAGAGAUAUGGUACAUGACCAGAGAGGUUUAAUUAAUUUCACUUAAAAAUUAAACAACAACGUUUAAUACUCCAGUAUUACAACAAGUCUGCCAGUGAUACCAUGCCAUAUUUGUGCUUACACAGGUCAGCCAUGCAUGCUUACCUCAUUUAACAAAAAUAUGCACUAAGCCUCAGUCUGCAGAAAGUGGUUCCGGCAUGAGGCCCCAACAAAGGAAUUGCAGACAUGGUUUAGUCGGGUGUUGUGUCUGUGGAGCCAAAAUAAUCCUCCGCAUCAGGUCCAGAGAUCAGGCCAUUUGGUGGCAGUGUGUGUGGGGUGUUUGUUACUUGAAUGCAUAUGUGUCCAUUAACAUCAAUGUGUGUGCACAAACCAUGUUUAAAUAUGCCAUAAAUACAUACAGGUACUUUUAUGUCUUUGUGAGUAAUUAUGGCCGACUAGUGAUGAAUGAUACAAUGUGAAAUAAAUAUUGCAAUAAAUGAGAA